UUACCUGUUGCAUGACCCCUAAAAGUCCCUAAAUGUCCAAAGUCUCCAAGGUCCCCUAAGGUCCCAUACCAACUGCUAUUCCAAUUCGCCUCCGCAAUUUCGACGCGAGUAACACUUAUACAACUGUACAACACCCCGAACUGCGGUGUCUCGUCCAGCAUCAUUGGCAUCGCAGCCCUAUUAUUAGAUCGAAUCGGGGGAUAACAAGUAAAUACCUACCUACGUAAUUGGACAUAAUUGGUACAUUUACUAUAGAGUAUUUUAAUUAAGACGAGAACAACGGAACAAGAAAAAAGACGAAAAUUACAAUAAACAAAGAAAGAGGAGGGAAGAAGAAAAGGAAAAGAAAAGAUUAGAGACUGGAGGAAAAAAGAAAAAAAAAAGGAGGAAGAAAAAAAAAAAAGCCUCGCGACGUGACGGCGUCAGCAAUAGCGAGCAUCAUCAUCAGCCAUGUCGACAACAACACCUCGAAGCCGAAGCCCAUUGACACCGGUCAGCACGCGCAGUUCAUCGUCUUCGGACCACGUCGCGAUACAAAUACAUAGCUGCCCCUGCGAAAAAUGCGAAAUUCACUACACCAGCUAUAAUAACUCCAACGGUAGCACCAGCAGCAGUAAUAGUAGUAGUAGUUACAACAGCAACAGCAGCAGCAACAAGGCUAGCGAGAGCAAUACGACGCGCUUCGACGUCCCCUUAAUCGCCAUCCCGCGACUCUUCACGGCAUUGCUAGGCCUGGCGACGGUAAUCCGAGUGCAUACGGUCAUCGACGCCGGGUGGUGGCCGUGGGAGAACAAAGUGUUAUUCUCGCUAUGCUGGCUGGCGCUAUUUUGGAAUCUAGCACACGGCUUAUGCAGUAUCCUAGGAUACGCGUACUGGCCGUCGCCGCGGCGCACCGUCGGUUUACCCCCCGUCACGCUCGCCGUUAACGGGAGGACUAUCGUGUCCUUCGGCGGCCCCGACGAGGACGAGGGCAUCCGAAGGCGCCGCGCUAAGAGGUUGCAGUUUACUAUAGUUGAUAUCCUACUCGCCGGGCCGACGCUCGGGUUUCUGAUAUACUCGGCGCAUAUCAUGUAUCCUUGGUGGGGAUCUAGGUACGUCGGCUUGUGGCCGCCGACGAUAGGGUUAAUCGCUUCCCUCGUUUCUUCCCAGUUCCUCACCGCGUUUCUCCAGCUGUUCCAAUUCUUCGAGGCCAAGGUUGUCGGCGUGCAAUUGACGAUGCAGGAUAUAUACGAGAAGGACGACUCCGCGGGCCGAUUGCAAUUAUAGAGCGGGCAGGCGGGCGGGCGAGCGAGCAGGCGCGAAACGUGUGUCUAUUAUUCUUUUCUUUCCAAAUCAGAGCGGAGCGGCGCGGAGCAAAGCAAGGCGAAGCGCAACAAAACUACGAUGGUUUUUUGUAAUAAAUAUUUAGGAGCGGCGUGGGGUGUUCCGAAAGAUACCAAGCAAAGCAAAGCAAAGGGCGGCAUUGCGCAUAUACUCUACCACAUAGUCAGUUGGCGUGGGCGUGGGCCUUGAUGAUACCACAAAGGAGAUAGAAAUAUAUCAUCUCUCAUCCACCGCAUUGUCGGCUUAUAAUCUCCUUUUGACGGCAUGAGGUUUCUCUAUUAAUGAGCAUUAGGACAACGAUUCGGAAUUACACGAGUUAAGUCAGAUAUCUAGGUUAAGCCAUGGUAUAAGAUAUCGAAUGGUGAGUUGCCUCUCAACGGUAGCGAUUCAUGGUUUCUUGACUACGGCCUUUGGCGCAACGCCAGGUUAGAUGCCAUCGUUAGGUAGUCAGCUGGGUUACUGUAAGUGUGAAGGGCAGACUGAUGUGUCCAGUUUGCCUUGGUUGGAUACUUGUGAUACUUAGUGGCGCUUAUGAUUUACUGCUACUAUGUACGAGGUAAUUGGUAUAUGAUAGGGC